AUGUGCCACAAGCGUGUGAAGACUCCUCCGCCUCGUCCAUACGAUGCCUCGGCCUACUCGGGAGCUCUACCGCCGGCUCCUGUGCCCAUGGAUUCGCGACCCUUAAACCAGCAAUACCGGUCGCAUGCCGCUCCUACCUUCAAUCCAGCGCCAGCGCCUACUUUUAAUCCUGCACCUUCUGUAUCUUCGUACACUACCGCACCGAAGCCCGAAGCCCCUCAAUUUGCAAGAUUCGAUGCACAUGCGCCACCAGCAAACGAAGAUGCUCUACCCGCGAUGCCGAGCUGGAGAGACGCGAAGACGACGCAUGUCGAGGAAGAUGUCAUUCCUGAGAAGCGGGAUGACGUGGAAAUGGAUAGACUUGACCAUGAUGGAACUAUGGCCGGGACGUCAAUGGCAGCGGUAGCAGCUGAUGGGGCGGCGCGGAGGGCGCCAGGUGGUGCAAAGUCUCCAGUCCAACGCAUUCAGACGGAAGAAGGAUACGGGUAUCCUCCCUAUGCAAACAAUGCGCCGCGCCGCAGCCCCUCAAAUGCCCCUAGCGGUUACAGCAGUGCCUAUAGCCAAAACCAGGACGGUCACCGUGGUGCGUCGCCUGUGAACGCGUCGCUGUCUCCUGCUCCUCUAUACGGGGCGGGGGCAGGUUACGCGCAGAACCAACAAUAUGAUCGGCGAUCACCAGGGCCAGGAGGAUACAAUGCAUCACCUCGGCGCUCACCAGGCCCAGGCUACGAUCAAUAUGGGCAAUAUGACCAACAGCAACAGUAUGGCCAGCAAAACCCGUCACGCACCCCACCACCGCUGAACACCAACAACUAUGGAUACCACAACAACCAGUACAGUCCGAGGGAGGUGUCGCCAGUGUCGCCCCACGCCAAUGGCAUGUACAAUACCGGACCCCCUGCUGCUCUUGUACCUGGGAGAGAUCCAUCUCCAGUGUAUGCGCCGUCCGGCUCCACGAGAUUCGAGCCUCCUGCACCAUCUGCAUCUCCUGCACCUGCUUACCCUGGACAACAAACAUAUGGGUCUACAGAGGCCUCGCCACCUGCACAACAUCCAUACCGAGCUUAUACCCCUGCUCAGACCCAGGAUCAAGGAUAUGGCGUCCCUAGGAAAGCAGUAGAUGGGUCUUGGAAGGAGGUGUAG